AUCCAAUCAGCGUCCAUCGACGAAUCUGUGAAUCCUGAACCAGACCAAUGGGGGUUCUCCGGGGUUCCUACUGGUUCAGCGGGUCCAGAAUAAAAUCCGGUCCGGAGGUAUGAAGCGGCUCCUUCAACACGGAUUAAAGGCAGGACGCGCGCGGCCAAGCAAAACUCAUCGGGUCCUGGUUCUGGUCCUGAGCCGGUUUCAUUGCACAUAUGGAUUUGUGGUCUCUAUGGACACGGUGAGCGCGUGCACGUGAAGCGGCCAUGCGGAGCGCUGGAGUACGACACGUGUGUGCGUUCGCCGCUUUGCUGCUCGCGCUCUGUCCGCUUUGUGCCGCCAGCUGGAUGUGGCUGGGCGUGACCUCAGCUGGACUUGCAGAGAAACUGGGCUGCAUGAACCUUCCUCUGAGCCACAGGCAGAGGGAGCUGUGCCGAAAGAAGCCAUUCUUGCUGCCCAGCAUCCAGGAUGGAGCGCUGCUUGCCAUCGCCGCCUGCCAGAAGCAGUUCAGACAUGAGCGAUGGAACUGCUCCACGACCAAUGACCACACGGUGUUCGGCUACGAGCUGACAAGUGGAACCAAGGAAACGGCAUUUAUCCACGCUGUGAUGGCGGCUGGGUUGGUCCACGCUGUGACACGCUCCUGCAGUCAGGGCAACAUGACGGACUGCAGCUGUGACCCGCGGCGGCAGGGCGUGGCCUCACAGGCACCCAGCUGGCACUGGGGUGGUUGCUCUGACCACAUUCAGUACGGCACCUGGUUCAGCCGCCGCUUCAUUGACAACGGCGUCAAGAACAUGUCGACGGCCCGCGGAGGCUACACUCUGCUCACCAUGAACCAGCACAAUAGUGAGGCUGGACGCCAGGCCAUUGACAGGACGAUGUCCACAGAGUGUCGCUGUCAUGGUGUCUCAGGUUCCUGCGCGGUAAAGACGUGUUGGCGCACCAUGGCACCAUUUGAACGGGUGGGCUUUUACCUAAAGGAGCGCUACGAGCAGAGCGUGCAAGUGCCGGACCGAUCCAAGAAGAAGACAAAAAGGAAGGAGCAGCGCCACGUCCCCAUCAACAAGCAUGAACUCGUCUUCCUGCACAAAUCGCCAAACUACUGCCUGGAGGACAAACGCUGGGGCGUUUCGGGCACCAGGGGGCGCCACUGCAACCGUACAUCCCAAGGCCCAGAUGGAUGCAACCUACUGUGCUGUGGGCGGGGCUACAACACGCAUGUUGUGCGACACGUCGAACGCUGCGAGUGCAAGUUUGUGUGGUGUUGCUACGUACACUGCAGGCGCUGUGAGAGUAUGAACGAUACCCACACGUGUAAAUAAAAACAAACAACGAAAACCUGAAAGACGUAAA